GCGGAAGAAGCCCUCUCUUCUGAUGCUUUACUGUAAAUUUACUUGCACAAGAACACGUGUGGAGUGGAGACACUCCGCAAGUUUUUAUGCAAGAAUGUCCAUUCUUGCACAAAAAGCCUGUAGUAUAGACGUAGCCUAGGUGAAAUAGAAGGGAGGUGGUGUCACAAUUUUUAGAAUUGGCCUAAGGCACCUGAAAGGAUUAAAAGAAAACAAACAACAUAAUCAUGCAGUAAUUCUUACCUGUUAUUAUAAUGUAUUGGAAACUUUAAAAACAAUUUUACUGUGGAAUUCCUAAAUAAGUUUGAAUCAUUUCUAUAAGCUUUUAAAAGGAAUUCAUUCUUACUAACUGGAAACUUUGAAUCAAAUUUAGUUUGACAUUGUUUAAUCUGUGACAAAAUUUUCCCCAACCCUCCUCCUUGAGAGGACAAGUUCUAAUGCAGCUAUCAGUCAUUACUGUUUUACCAGACCAACACUUACCAACAAAACACUCCAGUUUUUUUCACUGUACAAUUAUCUAACUAAUAGCAAACACGGUAGAAUCGGGUUAGACUACUAGUGUUCUUAGAUUGCUGCUCAGAGCAGGUCCAGGCCACAGAGAGGUUUACCAGCAAUCGGAUCUACAGUCUUACACUAGCGUUCCCACACUGACACUGAGAUAUGGUGGGGAAGGGGAGGAAGAGAGACAGAAGGAAAAUAGUUUAGAAGAUACAGCUUGAGUUUUCCUUUAAAUAGACAAGAGGUAGUAAGUAGCAGGUUCUUUUGUAGUUCGCUAGAGGUUCUUCACUUUCGAACCUAAACUGUUUGACUUUUUCUCCUUCGACAGACAGACGCAUAGCAGUGACGAAGUAAACCUAAUUAUCCGAGCUUGUGGAAGUACUGUAGGUUCACAAUAAUUUCCUCUUCGUCUUACCUAUUGCACAGAUCCCACUGCAAUCACCUCCAAGGGUGCAUGUCUGCCGGUUAAUAUUUGAUUUGGCCACACGGCUUAAAACAGCCUUUCCCUGAAACACGGGGACGCGCUGCACUAAAACGGCAUCACCGCAAUCUGAUGCAAGUUCGUUAGAAAGCGUCAGACGCACCGCGCGAGGCUCGCUGAGCAGAGCGCUACCGGACCUCGGCCUUAGGAACAACAACGGAAAACGUCCACAGGCGGCGCCGAGCCAGGUUUUCGGAGGACGGGAGCGUGCGAUCUCCGGGGCUCCACCACAGUCGGCUGGCUCCUCCCGCCGGAGCGGCCGGGCUUCCCUUCGGCCCGGCAGACCGGAGGGCGAGGCGACCGGGACGCGCUGCCCGGGGCACGCACAGCGCUGGCAUGUCCCGACCGACGUUGAGAUCCGGCGGGAAGCGGAGUCAAGACCCUAGAAACCUCGCAGAGCGUCUCCUCAGGGGGCGAAACGAGCGGCUGGGACAGCGUCCUCCUUCCCCAAUGUCGGCGCGGGUCUUCCGCACGAAGCGGGGAUAGGCUGGGAUGAGCGAGGGGGCGUGCCCUACUGCCCAGCGAUAGGCUGUUUAUGGAAAAGGGCGGGGCCCCGGGGCCAGACGCUCUCCAGUAGGCUGCCAGGAGGUGAGGGGCGUGACCCCGGCGCUAGGCGCGGUGUGAUAGGCUGCUUAGCGUGAGGGGUGAGUCCCGGCGGCGGCAGCAGCAGCCUCCAGGGGCUGAGGUCCGUCUCGGUGGAAGUCUCGCGAGGGAGCGUAGCCGGGAUUUGGCGGCUGGCUGCCUCCCUCUCUCGCUGGCUGCGAGGAGCUGCCUGGUGUUUGUGUGGAAGGGGGAGGAGAAGGAAGGGAAGCGAGAGGAGCCCGAGUCCCCUCGCCUGCCUACCGAGGGGAGCGGAGCGGACGCCCCCACCCGCUCGUCCCCUCCCUCGGCCAGCCAUGGCCUCGGGAGACACCCUGUACAUUGCCACGGACGGCUCGGAGAUGCCGGCCGAGAUCGUGGAGCUGCACGAGAUCGAGGUCGAGACCAUCCCGGUGGAGACCAUCGAGACCACCGUGGUGGGCGGCGAGGAGGAUGAGGACGAGGACGACGAGGAUGAAUGCUGCGAGGAGUGCGGCCCGCACCACCCGCCCCAUCACUACCACCACCACCACCAGCCCAUGAUCGCCCUGCAGCCGUUAGUCUCGGACGGGGAUCCCAGCGGAGCAGGGGGCGGCGCGGGCGGCGGCGGCGGGGGGCAGCUCCACCUGCACCAUCACCAGGAGGUGAUCCUGGUACAGACCCGCGAGGAGGUGGUGGGGGGAGACGACUCGGACGGGCUGCGGGCCGACGACGGCUUCGAGGACCAGAUCCUCAUCCCGGUGCCUGCCCCCGCCGGGGAGGACGAGUAUAUCGAGCAGACCCUGGUCACCGUGGCCGCCGCCGGCAGCAAGAGCGGUGGGGGUGGUAGCUCGUCCUCGGCCGGAGGGCGCGUUAAGAAGGGCGGCAGCGGAAAGAAGAGCAGCAAGAAGAGUUACCUGAGCGGGGGAGGCGGCGGCGGGGCCGAGGGCGGUGGAGGCAGGAAGUGGGAGCAGAAGCAGGUGCAGAUCAAGACCCUGGAGGGGGAGUUCUCGGUCACCAUGUGGGCCUCGGAUGAUAAAAAAGAUAUUGACCAUGAAACAGUGGUGGAAGAACAGAUUAUUGGUGAGAACUCUCCACCUGAUUACUCAGAGUACAUGACAGGAAAGAAACUUCCUCCUGGAGGAAUACCUGGCAUUGAUCUUUCAGACCCCAAGCAACUAGCUGAAUUUGCUAGUGUUCUGUAUCAGAGUUCAUCUGAAGAUCAUCAGAUUUUAAGAAUGAAGCCACGAAAAAUUAAAGAAGAUGAUGCUCCAAGAACGAUAGCAUGUCCUCACAAAGGAUGCACAAAAAUGUUCAGGGACAACUCUGCUAUGAGGAAGCACCUGCAUACUCAUGGUCCUCGAGUACACGUAUGUGCAGAAUGUGGCAAGGCAUUUGUGGAGAGCUCCAAACUAAAACGACAUCAACUAGUUCAUACUGGAGAGAAGCCCUUUCAGUGUACGUUUGAAGGAUGUGGAAAGCGAUUUUCACUGGACUUCAAUUUACGCACGCAUGUGCGAAUUCACACUGGCGACAGGCCCUAUGUGUGCCCGUUUGACGGAUGUAAUAAGAAGUUCGCUCAAUCAACUAACCUGAAAUCUCACAUCUUAACACAUGCUAAGGCCAAAAACAACCAGUGAAAGUAAGCGAGAAGAAAGCUCUUGAACUCUCAAAGCAUCUUACAGGAGUAUGGGAAUAAAUAUGGCUCCCCUUUGUAUAUUGUUUCUAGGAAAGAAUUUAAAAAAAAAAAAGAACCCUACCCACCUAAAGGACACGUUUUGAUAAAGUAGUAAAUAAAAUAAAUAAAAACUUUUAAGAUGACGUUGCUAAGAUGCUCUACCUUGCUCUGUAAUCCAGUUUCAAGAACACGGUGUUUUGUAAAGUGUGCUCCCAACAGGAGGGGACAGUACAUGAACUUGCAUCAAAAAGAGACAAUUCUUUAUACAACAGUGCUAAAAUUGGACUUCUUUUCACAUUCUUAUAAAUAUGAAGCUCACCUGUUGCUUACAAUUUUUUUAAUUUUGUAUUUUCCAAGUGUGCAUAUUGUACACUUUUUGGGGAUAUGCUUAGUAAUGCUAUGUGUGAUUUUUCUGGAGGUUGAUAACUUUGCUUGCAGUAGAUUUUCUUUAAAAGAAUGGGCAGUUACAUGCAUACUUCAAAAGUAUUUUCCUGUAAAGAAAAAAGUUAUAUAGGUUUUGUUUGCUAUCUUAAUUUUGGUUGUAUUCUUUGAUGUUAACACAUUUUUGUAUAAUUGUAUCGUAUAGCUGUAAUGAAAUCAUGUAGUAUCAAAUAUUAGAUGUGAUUUAAUAGUGUUAAUCAAUUUAAACCCAUUUUAGUCACUUUUUUUGGAAAAAUACUGCCACAUGCUGAUGUUCAGUGUAAUUUCUCUUUGCCUGUUCAGUUACGGAAAGUGGUGCUCAGUUGUAGAAUGUAUUGUACAGGCACUGACCUUUUAUUAACACCUGAUAAUAUGUACAUCCCAUGUAAUAGAAAGGACAACAAUAAAACAGUGGUCCUAAAGAAAA